AUGAUUUUCUUUAAAGACAAAGUUAUGCCAGUACAGUACUUCAGUAUCUAAACAUUCGUCCGGCGAUCUGAUUCGUGGAUAAACUUGCCACUGAGUUAUAUCUUAACUCGACUGAGUUCUAGUUUGACUCACAAGUCAGGCAUUGCAGUUGCAGCUACAGUGCUGCACAAUAUGUAUCGAAUUGUGAAAAGAGCCUUGAGGGUUGUAAAUUCUGGAGUAGGGAGUUUCUCUGGCAGUUCUUCAUGUUCUUCGACUCUUACUAAGAGACAUCUCACUUGCUUUGCUUGGCCUGUGGAUCUUCAGAAGUGCAAUGAUGUUCGAGGUGAUUUCAUGAAGUGGGGUUCACUUGGUUCGUGCAGGAGAUCGAGUUUUGCCUCUGGGUAUGAACCACUGAAACAAAAACCUUUGGGAUCAAUCAUUGACAUUAGGAGGGCAGAGCUUCAGUCACCAGAGGAUCUUGCAGACAUUUGGGAUGAUUUUCACUUGGGAAGAGGUCACAUUGGUGUAUCAAUGAAAGCAAGCCUUUAUCAUCUGUUGCAGCAAAGAGCCGCAGACUGCCGAUUUUUUGUCAUGCCGCUGCCGAAGGGAAGUGGCUAUACAACAAUGUUUGCUCAAGUGCAGAUGCCACAUAUGAUUUUUACUGGUCUUGAAGAUUACAAGGCAAAGGGAACCGAAGCUACUCCUUACUUCACGGUUUCCUAUUACACCGAAUUUGCAGAAACCAAGGACUUGGUUCUUAUUCGUGGUGAUAUUGUGUUUGCUAGCAAGCUUACCGACUCUGAGGCAAAGUGGCUUGUGGAGACGACACAGUCCUUUUACCUGAAUGACAAUAGAUACAAAUUGAUCGAGAGGUUCAACAAACACACACGUGACUUUGAGUUUAAAGACGUUUUACAAGCAUUGGAUAUCACAUCCUUGUAGUUCUUUCCCCUUACUUAAAAAUUUUGCUCAGGUGAUGUAGAAAGAAAAGGUUUUGAUGUUUAAGAGAACAGCUAUUGUUGCGACUGUGGUCCACAGUGGAGAUUCAUUAUGUAUCAAAGUUUGUGGAGAUCAUGAGCUAGAGAUCUUAAAGGCCAUUUUGUUAUUUUACAUUGAAAGCAUACUCUGUUGUUAACAGCAACUCUUCUAAUAAUUCAGUGGUUAAUUCAACCAUUAUCUACUUCUGCAA